AUGGCGACGCGGGUCGAGGUCGGCUCCAUAACGACCCUGACAGCAGUACCAAGCCUGGGUGAUCUCGACAAAGAGGAGACCCUGAAGCGGACCUACUUCCGCCAGGCUGGCGAUGUCCCCUCAGCCCGGAUCUUGGAAGGAAAAAGCCCCCUGAGGAGCCCGGCCCGCUUACUUCCCCUGCCAAGACUUGCCCCCAAACCCUUCUCCAAAGAGCAGGCCCCAGACGUGAAAUCCCCUGUCUCGUCUUUUCGGCCCAGUCCAACCAGGCUGUGUCCUUCCAGUGGGCUCUCCGGUGAGGUGACAGCAAAGGAUCUGGACGAGAGAAUGCCUGGUUUGGUGGAGCAGGAGGCGGGUAGUGGGGAGGGCCCGAGGAGAAGCGCGUCCUUGUUCAACAGGGCAGCGUUUCUGCGGCCCGGCCCCAGCACCAUGGUUCUCUUUGAAACCACCAAAACUGGCCCCACUCUGGGGAAGGGGGUCAGCGAGGGGGCUCAGGAGGCCAACACAGGUGUAUCUCAGGAGCUUCCUGCAGCCUCCCAGCCUGAGGUGGCCACCAAGCCUGCCCUGCCCGCCCGAAAGCCCGCGGGGACCCUUCCCCGAGCAGCCUCCUUGUCACAGGACACAAGGCCAGCCACAACCCAAGAGGAGAUAGGCCAAGACCAGCCCCUCUCAAAGGCCAGCAGCAUGGAGGAUACGGCAGGCCCCACUCCAGAGCCCAGGCCGCGCCUGAAGAGAAGGCCUGUGUCAGCUAUCUUCAUCGAAUCCAUUCAGCCUCAGAAGCCGGUCCCUGCUGGAACGGUUGUGGUGGGGAAAGUGCCCCCCACCCCUCCAGAGAAGACAUGGGUGAGGAAGCCCAGGCCUUUGUCCAUGGACCUCACGGCUCGGUUUGAGAGCAAAGAGGCCUUGCUGAGGAGGGUGGCUGAUGAGGGAAAUAGGGUAUCGGCAGGCCCCACUGCCCAGCGUCGGGGGCCAGAGAGCUCCAACCCGGAGCCCAAGGUGGACAGGGAGUGUUUGGUCAAGGCAGAGGCUUCUUUUCAUGACCCAGAUUCAGACUUCCUGGAUGUGGCCAAGAAAAUCCGUGAACGGAAGGAGAAGAUGCUUUUUAAGCAGGCAGAGGCAGGCAGCCCCAGAUCCCCAGGGGGCUCAGCCAGGGUCACCCCCAGAGAUGAUCAGGGUCCUUGGGAAGAGAAAGCCAAGCUGGACCGGGAGCCAGAGAAGGCACCAGAGUCCCCUUCACCCAGGUCGGGAAGAGGCCUAGAACUUGCUGAGGUCAAGAACAGAGGGGCUGAUAGGGAAGCCCCGGCAGGGGGACAGUGGACUUCCAGAGGGAGCGUCAAGAAGCGCAUCAGCCUGUUUGGGGAGGACAGCCUGUUGGCCUUGGCAGCAGAGACUGAACCCCCGCUGGCCACCCCUGAGUGCCCACUGGCAGUGCCAGAGUCCGAGAAAGGGGGCAUGAGUGUCCAGGAGCGGAUCAAAGGCUGGGCUGCUGAGAGCUCCGAGGCAAAGCCAGAGAUCAGGAGGAGCGUGAUCCAGGCUCGGCCACUAUCGGUGGAUUUGACUAAACUGUUUUCAAGUUCAGCUUCAAGCAAUGAAUUCAAAUAUGAGAGGAGUCCAGAGCUGAGCAGCGAGCUUCCCAAGGAACCAAGAGAAAAGCAAAAGGAUGGUGUGUCUGCCCCAAGAAGCCCCUGGAAGCCUGGGUCACUCCGGGAAAAGUCUAGGCAGAUGGAACGGAAAGACAGCUCUAACCAAGACCCCAACCAAUGUCGGGAUGAGAGCUCAGUGCAGACUCCGUGCUCUUCUGAUGUCACUCCAGAAGAUGAUGGAAGCUUCCAGACCGUGUGGGCCACGGUAUUUGAGCAUCGCGUGGAGAGACACACUGUGGCUGACCAGUCGGAGUGUCGUCUCUCAGCCACACCCCCUGGUGAUGUGGCCUAUGCUCGUGUCUCAGAGCCUAGACCCAGGACUGAGAAAGGCUUUUGGCCAGGGAAGGACCCACCAGAAAUGACAAACCUCAAGAAAGAGAACUCCAGGUGGUCUGAAAGUCCUGAGAUAGAGAAAUUGGGACGAGCUGCCCCUUUGAACAGUGAGCCCAGACAGCUUCACACUCCCCUCCCGGAAAAAUGCCCUUUGGGUGAAAAACGUAGUGCUAACCCCUUCCUCAAGCACUUGGACAUUCGUCCCACAUCCCGGAGGAUUGAGCCCAAGUCUGACAUUGUGCACACAGUGGGGAAGCGUGUGCACAGUGAGGCCAUCUCGACAGCGCCGGAGGAAACAGCGGUCACGCUCCAGAGUGGCAGGUCUCGGCUUUCACUGAAGGGGAGGCAGCUGUCCCAGGAGGUCACCCCUGCUGACCGGGAGUGCAAUCUGGAAGGUCAGGUGGGAUCCGUCCAAAGGGCCAGUUUGAUUUGGGAAGCUCGAGGGACGCAUGAGGCCAGUGGGUCAAAGCCUGACUUUCAAGAACCAAAGGAUGUAUUUGGGGGCAAUUGCCCAUCACCCAAAUGGACAGGUGGGGCAGUGGUGAACUGGCAUAAGGCCACCAUGGUGGCCAGCGAAGAGCCAUGUGCUCCUGAGGCUACCUCUGUGAGGGUCAUCAAGGCUGCUGUUUGGGAGGCCCAGAACGAAGGGCCUGAGGGGGCUGAGAAGAAGCCAGGAGGCUGUAUUGCAGCAGAAGCAAGGGGUCCACCCUGGGGAUGCCCCCUGGGCCCUCCUACUAGAGCUACAGAUGAGCCCUCUGAACCCCGAGCACGAGCACAUCCUGAUGCCUUUUUUGUGCAGAAAGGCUCCCCCUUUGUGGCUGCCAGCAUGCGUGAUCCAAGGCCAGCCCAGGUGCCGGAGCCUGAAGUCAAAAUGCGGAAAGCCAGUCCCAUGGACCAGAGGAUGGACAGAUGGAGGCGGCGGACUUUACCCCAUGAUGUGAAAUUUGACACAUUCAGCUUUCUCACCCCAGAAAACUCUUCUAAGGUGGAGCAGAGACAAACAGAUUAUACCCCCACAGCUGGUGCCUUAAAAAAUUCUCAACGAUCCCACAAUAGGGUGGAGAUGCAGGAGGUGAACUCACGUGCUUCACAGGACCAGACUUCCUCCAACGUGAAGCAAGGGUCAUGUGCGGAACCCAAGGUGACGUUUUUUGCAGUAACCUAUCAGAUUCCUGAUAUCCAAAAGGCAAAGAGCGUUGUUAAGUUGGGGCCUGAAAACUUGCUGGAACAUUCUAGAAAAACAGCUCUGCCUGCAUCUCCUCAUUCUUUAACAUCAGCUCUGAACCAUGAAGAGUCACUGGAGACUGUAGGCAGUAAAAACUGGUCUAAGGAAAGAGAGCAUGAAAAUGUAAGCAUUUCAAAAAAUCUGAAACCGACAGACUGUCCAUCAUCUGCUGGGGACAAGAUUCUGGACCCUUCUAGUGAAAGAAACAUUGACGUGGAUGCUUUAUGGAUUCAUCGGGCAUCAGAAGAUGGCACUGGUUCUCAGAACGACUGGAAGGAAAGUGGGAGCAAGAUGUCUCCCAGCAGCAGCAAUCCCCAAACCACCCCAACUUUGAAAAGUCGUCCAAAAGAUCAUGUCAGGAGGAGGACCGAUAUACUCAGUGACACAUUCCCAGGUAAAAUCAAAGACAGCUAUAGAUCCAGUGUUCUCGACAUCGAUGCUCUGAUGGCAGAAUACAGGGAACAGUCGACCAGAGUCCCUGGAGAGGCUCAGGAGCAGAAGGGGAGUCCAACUGUGGAGCCCAGCAGCUCAGCUCAGGAGAGGCCAGGCCAGCGAGGCGGGGUGGAAUGGAGGAGGAAAAGCCUAAGAGAGGUGCCCAAAGCAGAGAGUCUCCGGAAACGAGCCAGUUAUGCCGAAACAAGCCACAGUUCUCCUCCUGGCUCAGGCAAGCAGCCAACAGAGACAACGGGGGCAGCCACGAACACCAAAGCUAGCCCUCCUUUGUGGGCUGCACCACACUUAGCUCCUUCUGAAAAAUAUCCAGGGGCCUCUUCUGUCCCUACAGGGCCUAGGAAAAAAGUCUUGGGAAUUGCCGAGGAUGAAAAAAAGGCCUUUGCAAGUAAACAUCAUGGUGCAAAGUGUCAGAAUUACAUGGCUGAGUUGAAGCCCACUGGUCAAGAGGAUCUGGACAGUGGGGCCAGAGUGUCACCCAAAUCGCCCCCCACUGACUGGAAGAAAGGGACCUCAAGGAAAUUCAUCGGGUGCGGAGAGGAAGACAGUGUUGCCCAGUGGAGCGACUACCCACAUGACUGUGGACGGUCACUGCUGGAUGUCAAAAGGGCCUGUUCAGAGAAGGGCCCUCCUGCCAAAAUCCAAGAGGGCCUGUCCAUCAUGCAGGAAGCCAGAGAGAGGAGGCGAGAGCAGCCCAAAGGGAGGGCCAGUCUCCCUGGGGAGAGUUCUGAGGCCAAAACGGGGCCCUGUCGGUGGGAGUCAGGGGCUCGAGACAGUCACAAGGUGCCACUGCGGGACCUGGAGAAAGAGGAUGCCCUCCAGGAUAAUGAAAAACUGCUCCGGCAGGUGUCGCCUGUGGCUUUGGGCCCCCGGAGGAGCCACAGCUUCUGCAAGGACAAGAGGAGCGGGCACUUUGUGGACCAGCUGAAGCAGUGUUUUUCCAGGCGCCCCCCUGAGGCCAAGGACACUGACACUCUUGUGCAUGAAGCCGACAGUCAGUAUGGGACGUGGACAGACCAGCACCAGAGCAGAGAGAGCCUGGCCCCUGAGUCCCCGUCUCCAGACAGCAGUGCCACGUCGGCACGGAAACAGCCCCCCAGCAGUUGCUUGUCUUCUCUGUCCUCCCAAACGGAACCCACCUCGACUGGGGACCAGUACGACUUCUCCAGGGACCAGCGGAGCACCAGUGUAGACCGCUCCAGCACUGACCUGGAAUCCACAGAUGGGACGGAGGGUCCACCCCCACCAGAGGCCUGCCCUGCAAAGAGAGUGGACGACUUCUCCUUCAUUGAUCAAACCUCAGUCCUCGACUCAAGUGCCCUCAAGACCCGGGUGCAGCUCAGCAAGAGAAGUCGCCGCCGGGCUCCCAUCUCCCACUCCCUCCGGCGCAGCCGAGUUAGCGAGUCAGAAAGCAGGUCUCCUUUGGAGGAGGAGACUGACAGCACGUGGAUGUUCAAGGACUCAACAGAAGAGAAAUCACCCAGGAGGGAAGAGUCAGAUGAGGAGGAGAAGCCAUCCAGGACUGAGAGGACACCUGUCAGCCAUCCUCAGAGGAUGCCCGUGUUUCCAGGAAUGGAUCCAGCAGUGCUAAAGGCUCAGCUGCACAAAAGGCCAGAGGUGGACAGUUCCGGCGAGACCCCCAGCUGGGCCCCCCAGCCCAAGACCCCCAAAUCCCCCUUCCAGCCUGGGGUGCUGGGCAGUCGUGUGCUCCCCUCCAGCAUAGAAAAGGACGAGAGGUCAGAAGAGCUUUCUCCCCAAUGGCUAAAGGAGCUGAAAUCCAAGAAGAGGCAAAGCCUGUAUGAGAAUCAAGCUUGACCAGACAGGGGACACCGCCACGUCUAAUUAACAGAAGCCUUAACUGUCAGAACCUGCAGACGAGACCAAGCUGCCACCGUUCUUCUGUACGACGCUUACGUGCCUGGGCCCUUCCCGUCCGCUGGAGACCGCUGCCCGGCGCCCCGCUCUCGGCGGGCUCUCCUGGGUCUGGGUGGGAAGGCCCAUCCUCCACAAGCACCUGCUCGUCUCCCCAGACAGCGCUUCAGGCUGAGAAAGAAGUCAGACUGUCCAAGAAUUCUGGUGGUUUUGCUUUUUAUGUAAAAACUUUGCCUUUCUGUCCACUGUAGACACCUUCAGCAGUUCCAGGGACGUCAACACGAGGCUGGACUGUCUCUCUCGGUUCUGAAAAAUACCUGAAUCGUUAAAGCCCCUCUUCGCCCACCCCAGGGCAGGUCUUUUUUGGAAGGACGGUUCCAAGGAAGAUCAAACCAUUCAUUUCCUGCUGUAAUCCCUGUCUGAGGAAUUACCACCGAGUUGAGGUUUUUGAUUGCUUUUGCUGGAGAGUUCCUUCUUCCCCUCAAGGAAUCAGAAAUUCCAAUUUUUAAACAUACUCUCCCUGAUUAUUUCAUGUGUAUUUAUCCUUCCAGUGGGGCUGUGUGCAUAGUUGACCUGUGUUAUGGUAUGUCAUUCUUAUUUGCUUUAGAAGAUGAUAAAGCAAUAAUUCAGCCAAUUUUCUUUGAAACUUGAUAUGUAUAUAUGUUUCUAUGUUAAAGGACAGGAGGAAAGAUGUGUGAAUAGUUUGUUUUGAAGCAUCCAAUCACCUCAGGUUAUCUUAUCCCUAUCCAAGCCUUUUAAAAAUUUUAAUUGUCACCCUUGUAUAUAUUUUCCUGGUUUCUUUUCGUUUGAGCUCUGAUUUCUGUGGGGUGACCUUUGGCCCUUGGCCUCAAGGGUUUAUAAAUUGCAGCCCAAACAGCAGUGCCUUUACCACUCAAACAUCAGAAUCUUUUCUUCAAGCAUCUUUUUUGAACACAACCUGAGCUUCCAGAAUGGAGGAGCCGUUCAAAAUUGGCCUCAGAACAAAUGCAUGAGUGAGGGGUAGACUUUGCUUUUUCUCACCUCAUCCCCACCCCCUCAGCUCCACCUGACCAAGUACUUUUUCUAGUCCAAAUGCAGGUCUUGCUAAAAGCCCUUCUCUGGAAGGGAGCUCCCAGGCCAGGGACUCUGGACAGAAGUGCUGGACACUUGGUGAUGAAGUGUAAGGCUUGCUUUGCCUCUUUUUUUCUUGCUAGCUAUGAGCUCAUUCUCAGAAUCUUCAAUACCUCUGGGGGCUCCAGAUGCUGUCUACUCUGUCCUUCUUUUUGGAAAUCCUCGACACCAGCCUCCUCCACCUCUGAGCACAAGGCUCCAGCAAACAUCCCAGAUAUGCUUGGCUGGCCACUUGCCGUGCCUGGAGUUUCCAUAACCUUCAUGCCAACCUUGCUGGGGAGACACCCAUCAGUGAGAUGCUUGGGCAGUUCAUAGGGCAGCCUGUGAUUGCUACGGGCCCUGGGGAUGAGUUUCCUGAUUGGUCCAUGCACAGCACUGGCUGGAUGUGGAAGUGGGGGGGCACAUGUGCCCCUCUUCCUGACUUCCCAAGAGGUUCAAAUCUUUCUUGGUAAAUCCAUUGUUUGCAGGUGGUAACCAAACAUGCUUCUGUUUUGUCUCUCCAUUUGUCUCUCCAUCUCAUCUUUCUCCUUCAUUUCCUUUUACCAUCUCCUGUCUCUUGGGGAUGGAAUGGGGGUUGGAUAGCAAUCCCCUGUUUUUCCAGGUCAAGACAGACACCUGUGCCCUGGUGCCUGGGUGUGGUUCAGCACUGCGGACAGCGACUGCAGCCCCAGCCACUCCAACCCCCACCCUCUACCCAACCCUGAGUCUUUUUGGCUGAGCUUUGGCUACCAAUGGCCACUUGCUGAAUGAACCCUGUCACCCACCCAACCUUUUGCAAUUGGAAGCUCCAAGGGUCUGUGUUUGAGAAUUUGGUCCUGAUUGAUAAUAGUUUGUAUUCUCUUCAUUCCCAUCAGUUUUCUGUGGCCAUUUGAGGAUUUAGUUCCUCCAGGAACUGCUGUAGUUGAUUUUUUAAAAAAUCUAGCUCAUGUUUUAUAACAAUUUUGAUGUAGUGGACUUGCAAGUCAGUAGGACCCCCUGUAAAACACACUUCUUGUGUUUUGACCCUGACUUCUCUUGGCUGUUGUCUUCCUCUCCUUCAGGUGGCAAGGCCCCUUCGUGCCAUUUUGGAUAGUAAGAAAUGCCCUGCCCUUAAGUAUAUUGAUACUCACCAUUGCAAAACUCUCAAUUCUUAAUUAGUCAUGUUUUAGCACAAGUAUACCUGACAGGAAAGAAAAACACUUGAAAAUGAGAUUAACCUUGGAGGUCUUUUGCCUAACCUCCAUACCUUGAUUGGCAGUAAAUAUCCAUUUAAUUCUGUGUUGCUUAGGAUAUACAAAGUCCACCCCCACCCCUUGAAACUGACUAGGGCAAGCCCUGAAGAUCCUAUUCACCUCCUGUUAUUUUUUACAACCUCAUUUCCUCUAGCACAGAGCAGACAAUCACAGUGGGUCAGGAGCAGCCCUCUUAAUGCUGGCUCCCCAUGGCUUCUGAGUUCUUCUUAUGAUCAGUGCAGUGAAGUUAGAAGUGACUAAUGCUCAGGAGCCUGUGCAGGUAGAUGGGCACAUGGGUUAUUUAUUUCUCCUUUUUUAAAAACUGGGUGAGUUCUUUGGAGCUAAGCAAGGGGUUGUGUACUAAUUUCUUGAGUUUGCCUGCAGUCUCCUUUGGAAAUCUGUCUCCUUUUAAACUAACUUACUAUGCCUUAAUCAUCUGUGUGCAGUGAAGUCACCUGCCCCCCAUCACCCCUCCUCUCCUAGAGCUUUGGCUCUCCUUACUUGAGAGUCUUCUGCAGAAUGCAAAUUCCUAUGUAAGGACAAUCUCUCUCCUGCCUUUGCACAUCAGCAUUUUGGCAGCUGGUCUUUUGAUAAGUCUGUAUCUUUUUCCCCUUCAGUAGAUAUACCCUUCUUCAUGGUCCCUUGCCUAAUGAAACAGAGGCCUUUGGCCUGUGAAAUUCCAUGGCAAGACCUCAAAAAUCGGUGUUGUGGAGCAUUACUCAGUGCCACCAGAGAAAUUCUGGUGAGAGAGAAACCUCAUGGUAUUGGGGAUGUUGGAAGUUUUGAGUGGAGCUGUGCUGACUGCUUCAGGUUGUCUAGGAUUCAAGGAAAGGACCAUCAGAUGGGUAUGUUUUUCAGAGGAAUGAGCCAAGCCAUAGGCUUUCAGACAAACCUGUUUUCCUUUGUGCAUCCCAGAAGUGAGAAGAGCUUUAGAGUGUUGCUAAGGAAGGAAGACAGAAAUCAGCAUAAGCCUGAGGCCCUAAACCUCAGAGGCUGAGCAAGGGAUUUGGAAAACCUUAGCAUGAUUUUCCUAAAGGAGACCUCAGUUACUCCCCCCUGGUGCUGAUAGCUGCCUUGUUGACCUACACUUUUACAUUUUUCAUCAUGAUGACCCCAGACUGCUCCUGGAACUAGGCAUAAUUUCAAAGCUAAAAAUCCCUCUUUCCAAUUUAGUUGUUUAAGCUGUGGCAAGUCCCUGCAGUGAUGGAGAGAGAUCCUGUAGCCUCUGAAUGUGCCCUUCCCUCCAUCAUGUGUUAAAACAUGAAAGCAAAAGUCUCUUGGUAUCAUGAUUCCAUGGGUCAGAAGGAACAGCAUUGAGAUGGAGGGAGCCACUGGAAGUAGGCAGGACCCUUUCCACAUCUAGAAGGGGAUCUGCCUUGGGCUCAAUCCCCUUUGCAGUUGUGGACCCCUGCUCUGUGCUGAGAAGCUGCUAGGAGUCAGCCUGUUGGAAUUCCAAGCAGGCCAAGGCUCUGGAAGCCUAGGCCACAUAAAAAGCCAGGAAGCAAGAAUGUGCUGGGUUUUUACCAGCCUGUGUAUCCCUUUGCCCCCCCCCACCCCCCUAGAAUUUUCUUUCUUUCAUCUGGGUUGGCUACUGCAAGAAGAGGAGCAAGAAGCCAGGCUCCCUGCUCUGGAAAAUCAGCCUGAGGUUUCUUGCAAUUGCACCCGUGAAACUGACACCCCUUGCCCCCCAUGAAUCUCCGUAAAUUGUUGCCCUUGCACCUGUGCUGUAACAGCUUCAUGCCUCAGACUGCCACUUCCUUGACAAUCCCUGGUGGCCUCACGCCAGCUAAAAAUUAUUUUGUCUAAAGAAGAAUUUGAGUUUUUUAAUGAUCUCGUUCCACAUAGCCUUAUAAAUCCUGUACAUAGGGGGCUCACAAAAGUAAUAUAUUGUGUUAUGGAAGAUAUUUUGUACUGUGUCGUUUGUUAAAUCAUACCAAUAUUCUAAAAGUCAUGCACUUCCUAGAUGAUUAUGAUCCUUGAAAUGCUUGGUAAGAUUGGGGGAUGGUGGGAAUAUAUAUAAAAAUAGUAUAUAUUUUCCUAACCUUUCUUCUAGGUCCCUCCUCAGAUAUUUGAGUCAGGACAGAAAAGGAACUCAUUUUCUGUGCAUAGGAAAGUUAAGCUUCCUGCCUGCGGUGUUCUUGCAAUUGCCUUAUGAAUUCACAAACUCUAGGAGUUCUGAAUGGAAGGCAGAUGAGAGGCACUUUAUUCAAUCCCAGAAAGAAUCUCUAACCGUGUGACUGAGAAUUCAUCUAGAAAAACCUAUAUUUUUAACGUUAAAAAAAAUGGGGCUUCCUGGACCUCACAGAGUAUUGGAUGUCUACAAGUGCUUUUAUAUUUUGUAAAUGUAAAGAAGUUUCAUAUGCACAGAAGAGCAGUUGGAAAUCUGAUCAACUGCAAUUAAACAAGAUGACUUUUGCAUGUACAAAGAUGUUGCAUUCAGACUAAGAAUAGCAAAUAAAGCUUUGAUGCAAGUUGCAUUGGAGAA